AUGUCCACCGAUACCCACCCUUUCGCCUCUCCGAACGCCAUACCUCCCCGUACAAGCUCGAGUGGUCAAGUCGCGAACGGCCACCCCGUCAAUCCACGUCACAGCGUCUUGCGCCCACUCUCUGAGAUCGACUGGAUGAGCCAAAGUAAGAAGAGCAAAACGUCGCACGCCUCAACAGAGCCCCUCAGCAGCACACAAACACAAUCGCAUUCGCAUUCGCACUCGCACUCGCACUCGCACUCGCAAUCACAAUCACAAUCACAUUCGCACUCGCAUUCGCAACCCGAACCAAUGAACCUCGAAGAAGUCAGCACCAACUACCCUACCCCUCUCUCCCCGCCAAACGACACGAAGAACCUGGGCGAAGACCUGAUAUACGGGAAUGGCGCAGCAUGGACCGAAGAGAAGGAGCGCAUACUGCUGGGGCCCUACGACUAUCUAUGGGGCCAUCCAGGUAAAGAUAUCCGGUCACAAUGCAUAGCAGCGUUCAAUCUGUGGUUGAAGGUUCCACACGACCGGCUUGAGGUUAUUACACGGGUGGUGGGCAUGCUACACACGGCGUCGCUCCUCGUCGACGAUGUGGAGGACAGCUCGAUACUGCGGCGGGGCAUCCCUGUCGCGAACAGCAUUUUUGGCGUUGCGCAGACGAUCAACUCAGCAAACUACGUUUACUUCAAGGCGCUGCAGGAGCUGCUGCUCAUGGGCAAUCCUAAGCUGAUCGAGAUCUUUACAGAGGAGCUGUUGAAUCUGCACCGGGGGCAGGGCAUGGAUCUGUACUGGCGAGACAGCUUGACAUGCCCUAGCGAAGCAGACUAUCUGGAAAUGGUAGGGAACAAGACCGGAGGGCUCUUCAGGCUAGCUAUCAAGCUCAUGCAGGCCGAGAGCGCUGUGCAAGUCGACUGUGCACCGCUCGUUUCUAUAAUCGGCCUGCUCUUCCAGAUCCUCGACGAUCAUCUCAACCUCUCUCCGACGUCCGGCUACUCGUCCCUCAAAGGGCUCUGCGAAGACCUCACAGAAGGAAAAUUCUCCUUCCCCGUCAUCCACGCCAUCCGCGCCGACCCGAGCAACCAGAUUCUCAUCAACAUCCUGAAACAAAAAACCACAGACGAGGAGGUGAAGCGCUAUGCGCUGAAGUAUAUGGAGUGCAAAGGCAGCUUCGAAUACUCCAAGAAAGUCAUCGACGAGCUGAGAGGGAAAACCGAGGACCUCGUCAAGGGAAUCGAACACGGGCUCGGAGACGAAGGGACGCAGGGCGCAGAGGCGCUCAGGACGAUGCUGGGGAGGCUGGUCUUGAAAUGA